ACAUGGAGGCUCUGGAGACCUCUCAGACGGAAUCCCAGUUGACAGAUGCCUUGAUGGAGCAGGGGAUCAUGCAGGAAAAUGCACCUGAAGCUGAGGACACAAGACCAGACAGUCACAAAACGAUGACCGACAAAGUGACACCAUCCAGAAUUGCUGUCCAGAGACUGAAAGCCGAGGUGACUCCAGAGGUAGCUGUGCAGUGCUCUAAACCCCCGGCAUUGUCCAACUCCAACAGGAAGAGGCGCCAGUCGGCCAAGGAUCAGUCAUCCACGCCGGGGAGGCAGAGCAGGGUGAAGCGGCUACAGCUGCAACAGAACUCGCAGACCCUGGGCAAAGGAAACUCUCCGGGUGGGAGGACGCCAGGAGCGGCCGAUGGUUCAGAGCCCAGUGCCCGGUGGGGCCAUGCCAUGUGUGCUAUCAGCAAGAAGCAGGCAGUCCUCAUUGGUGGCCAAGGGGAAAAUCAAGUCCUCAGCAAAGACAGUGUCUGGCUGCUUGAUAGUGACAGCAUGAAGUGGUGCGUACCAGCAAUUAGCCACAGUGAUUCCUCCAAGCCACAGUACAGGAUGGGCCAUACUGCAGUCUACGACCCUGUGGUCAAGUGUGUUUACGUGUACGGAGGCUCCAAGAAUCUUCGUUGGUACAAUGACGUCCACGUCUUGGACAUAGAGUCCUGGAGGUGGUCACUGGUCAAGGCUUCUGGCAAGGCACCAACUAGGGCCUACCACACAAGCACCCUGUUUCAUGAUGAGAUGUUUGUCUUUGGGGGAGUCUACCCAAACCCAGACCCGGAACCUGACAGUUGCAGUGACCAGCUACACGUCUUCAGCCCAGUCACAGAAAGUUGGUAUGAGCCUGUUGUUAUGGGAAAGAAGCCAAAAGCACGGUCAGGGCAUUCUGCCACACGUCUCGGGGAUCAACUGGUGAUCUUUGGAGGCUGGGAUGCCCCUGAAUGCUUCAAUGAUGUCCAUUGCCUUGACCUCAUUCUGAUGGAAUUCACCAGCAUCCCUGUGAAGGGAACCCCACCUGUGCCAAGGAGCUGGCAUGCCUCUGCAGCACUGCAUGGCAACAGAAUCCUCAUCCAAGGAGGAUUUGACGGGGAAAAUGCCAUGACAGAUGCCUUUGUCUUUCGUCUCGACUCACAGUGCUGGACAACAUUGCUGUGGCCCAUUCCCACUACCCCGACAGCCGGCCACACCGUCAUCACCAGUAGCCCGCGAGACAGCCUGUCCAGUGACGAUGCCGAGGACAAAGAAAACGGACAAGCCAACCGACAGCAAAGACUCUUCAUUUUUGGCGGAGGGAACAACGAGGGCGCCUUCUCCAAUAAGCUGAUCACAUUCAAACUCCAGCUGCCGUCAGAUUCAUGAACAGGGAUGAAGAUCUCGCAACCUCUGCCAGAUUAGACAUCCAUUUCUCAUUUAUACCCAAACGUGGCACAGAAAUUCCUUUACAGGUUUUUGUCCCUACCAUUUGCUGGAAUAAACAUCUUGCAGUGCCCAGCUCUUGCUGUCAAAUCAAAAUGUUCAUGCGUUUUUAAUUUUCAGACAUUUGAUGUUAAUUCAGAUCUAUUAAUAAUGCGGGUAUUUCCAUUUAACUUCAAAAUUUUUGCUCCAGGAUCAGUGAUAUUUACUGUAUUAUUAACAAAGUUCAUAUGUUUUCAUUACCUACAUAAUACAUAAGAGCUCUCAUGGGCAAUGAAAUGGUUGACUGCUGCAGUUAUAUUACAGCAAGGAACACAGACAGGCUGUAAUGUGUACUUUCCCUGUUCCCUAAUUGUGCAACCGAGUGUUACAGUGGAAGGUGCGUGUUAUAUUUGACCUGAUCUUAGAGUAUCCAUAAGUUGUAACAGGUUAUCUUCAAUGAAAGAAUGACAUUGUCAGCGGCGGGUUGAGCAUCACAUUUUGCUAGAGUUACACCUCAACUACACCAUAUUGCUCAGUAUCUCUCAACAAUAUCAGUGAUGAUUGAUUUUAAAACAGUCUUAAAUGCUUUCAAAUUCAGUGAAAUAAGGUGGCAGUCAUAUAGGCCUUUUACAAGGUGUUGUAUUGGGAGGCACUUAGAUCAUGUGAAAGGAUAAACAGUAUUGAUAGGCCAUUUUAUGAAUCUUGAAGAUUCCCAGUCUGGAGCAUGGAGCAAGCAUGGGGUAAUUUUAAUUUACACCAACUUCAAGAAAUGUUGUUGGGAACUGUGCCUUGUGUUAAAGUUUCGAUUCUAACUUUAUCAAGGUCAAUAGAUUCAUUUUUCGUGUGCCUAUGUACAUCUGUGUACGGCACAAUGAUUAAGGUCCUAUUUAAGUUUUUGACAUUUGUUUUCUGGUGGUUUAAGGUUAACUUUAGUUUUCAUUUCAAUUUGAUUUUUUUUGAGGGGGGAUGAAAUAAUCAGGCAAGCAUUGUGGUGCAUAUACUUCAUCAUGUGACUUGCACUGCUUUCAAACAGUUGAAUGUGUCAGUUUUUGAAAUGUUCUUCUGAUAAAUUUCAAAUUUAUGCAUAGUGUUCAGUAUAAAGAGGUACAUUUUGUUAUUUUUCUUUUUUUUGAACAGCAUCAUGAUAAGCUGUGUGAAAAUUACUCUCAGGACGUAAGAUCUUGCAACAAGAAGACCAGAACAAAUACUUGUAUUAAAGGUUAAAGGUUAUAAAUUAAACCAGAAGGGGGCGUGUCGGUUGUUUUCAAAUUUCACUCGAAAAAACUGAAUAGAAAAAGUAUUGGAAUAUUUGACCUUUGGAAUGAGGGUUAAUACCAAUCUUGAUUUUUUAUUUAUUUGUUGUAGUUUUAUUUGUUUGAUUUAUUUCUUUACUUUAUUAGUGUUUUUAAAUGUUUUCAGUAGCAGAUAGUUUCCACCAGUUUCAGAUACUGAGGAGCACUUGUUGAGACAUUGUUGAAGUUUUUUCAAGUGACAGUUGGGCAAAAUGCUGGUGGACAGAAAUUUUUUACCAGCACGUGCCUUAUUGCCUAUGCAUACACACGUUAUUGCUGUACAUGUAAUCAGCUUCAAGUGGUAAUACAUGGUACCCUGCACUGAUAGCUCUUGGUCAUUUUCAUCAUUUUGUACGGAAUUUUUAUAUAAAAGUGUAUAUUUUGGCAAAACUGGCUGUUGAUUUUGGUUUCAAUUUUCAAGAAAAGGGCGAUAAAAUUAGUUCCUGUUUGCUAACUACCUGGCCUCUGUGUCCUUAACUUUUUUAGACAUUGUCUUUAGAAAUCAACAACGGAAGGCAAAGAUUAAUUAAAUGAUCACAUU